AUGGCUCUCACCGGACAGACGGGACGGUUGGUCGCCGAUCCCACGAUCGGUGUGGAAGAUAUCACAGGUGUGUUCGAGAAGUGGCUGAAAUCCCGAAAGACAAGGAAUUUCUUCAAGGCCUUGAACUUGCCUCGCGGGCUCACCUUCAAAAAGCCGAAGAAGAUCAGAACAGCCUUGGCCAAAAUGAACGAGCAGGAUGAGAAAAUUAAUCACACUCGGAAAUCGGACAACGACUUCGUCGAUUUGACUGAUGAAGGCAUCAGGAUCGGGUGUGCCAUGUUCAGGUGCCUGAAGGUGGAAGCCAAGACCAAACAGCGGUGCUUUGCUAUGAUGACAGCGGCUGAGCAAGCGGCUGUGCAGGAUGUCAUCGACAUCAUGAAUUGUGGUCCCGUCCUAGAGGACGGAUCUCAGGAGUCUGUCAGCGAGCCUCCUCCGGGAAUGCUUGCUUUGGCAGAUGGUGCCGCUGAUGCAAGGCCUGCAGAUGCAAGCCUGAAGAUGCAAGGCCUGCGGUUGCAAGGCCCCUGGUCUUGGAAGACGACCCUAGGCCCUAGACCAAAGCCCAGCCUCCAUCGGCUCGACCCCAUGGCAGUCUUUGACAGAGUUCGGAGCAGAGUAAGUUCAGAAGAGGCAGAGAGCGAAGAUCUUCCUGGACCUAGUAGCAGCAGUCGGGCCCCACCUGAUGCUACAACAAGCACAAGCAGCCCCAUGGACGUGCACUUCAGCUUUUUGUUGAGCCAAGCCGAAUCUGUGGAGCUCUUGGACAACAAAGCCCAGUUGAUCAUAUUCCGCAAAAACUGCCCUGAGAAGAAGGGGAAAGGGAAAGGCAAGCAGAACGGAGAGGCGAACAAGAAGAGCGAGGCGAAUCAGAAGACUGAGAAUGCCAUCCCUAAUAAGUCCAGGUCUUCAGCGCCAAGCAAGGUCAAGAAGGCCAUCGAGUCCCCGGACGGCGAAGCCCCCGAGAUCUCCGAAGAGAAGGAUACGAUUCCCGCAAUCAGGCACUCCAAGAAGAGCCCAGACAUCCCUAAGAGCAAGGAGAGCCCAAAGUCUAAGCAGUCGGACCCGAAAGCCAAGGCUACCCCGAAGUCGACCCCGAAAUCGAAGGCGAGCCCAAGGUCGACACCGAAAUCCAAGGCGACCGCGAAGGCCAAAGGUGAUCAGUUUGACUCGGAGAAUCCCAAGGAGAAGAAGGCCAAAUUGAAGCUCAAGGACAUGAAGGGAGAGGAUGACUCUGAGUGUGUUGCUGAUGCUGCUAACCCCGAGGGUGCUGACAAGGAGCCUGAAGAUUAG